AUGGCGACAGCACCAGCACCAGCAGAAGCGUUCCUCAAGCGGCUCAUCGACCUGGUCGAGCAGGAGCGCGCUGCCGAAGAGAGCGAGUCGGCCCUCCUCUUCAGCAACGCCCCGAUCUCGCUCCUCGAGCGCAACGGCCUCGCACUCGGCAACCUGUCGGGCCAGACGUCGAUUGGCCUCGGCGGUCGCCUCCUCGUCGAGCUCGAGCGGCCCUCGGCGUACCACACCUCGCCCACCUACCCGCCGCACGACUUUCGCCCGGGCGACGUCGCCCGACUGCGGCAGCACGGCUCGGGGGGCGGAGCAGCAGGCGGGGCGGGCAAGAAGGGCGGCAAGGAGGACAAGGGCAAGGGCAAGGACGAUGGAGGCGUCGACGCCGUCGUGUACCGCACCACGGCGACCAAGAUCACGCUCGCCGUCGACGAGCCGCCCGACGACUUUAUCCUGCCCGACCGCAUCCAGAUCGUCAAGGUCGCCAACCCGACGACGUUCAUCCGCCAGCUCUUCUUCCUCAACCGCGCUCUGCGCCAGCUCGACGCGCCUCUCUCGCCUCUCCUCGCUGUCCUGCUCGGCCAGAAGAAGCCGUCGGUGGCGCAACGUAGACCCGCCGACCCGGCGCUCUCGUUCAUCGACGACAACCUCAACGAGUCGCAGCGCGAGGCGGUCGACUUUGCCCUGUCGAGCGAGGAGGUCGCGCUCCUGUGGGGCCCGCCCGGCACGGGCAAGACGCACACGCUGGUCGAGAUCAUCCGCCAGCUCGUCCUGUCGGGCAAGCGCGUCCUCGUGUGCGGCGCGAGCAACCUCGCCGUCGACAACAUCCUCGCGCGCCUGUCGGUCCCGCACCCCAACUUCCACGAGCCGAUCCCGCUCACGCGAGUCGGGCACCCGGCACGUGUCCUGUCGGGCCUGACGCGGCACACGCUCGACGCGCAGAGCGCCCAGAGCGACACGAGCGAGCUCCUCAACGACAUCAAGAGCGACCUCGCGGCGCUCGAGGGCCAGCUGCGGGGCGGGACCGGCGGCAAGAACCGCAUCCGCGGCAGCGAGCGCAAGAAGAUGUGGCUCGAGGUGCGCGACCUGCGCAAGGAGUUCAAGCGGCGGCAGGGCGGCGUCGUGAGCGAGGUCGUCUCGAAGGCCAAGGUUGUCCUCGCGACCACGCACGGAGCUGGCGGGCGCAUGCUCGACCAGUUCGACUUUGACGUUGUCAUCAUCGACGAGGCCGCACAAGCCACCGAGCCCGCAUGCUGGAUCCCGUGCCUCAAGGGCAAGAAGCUCAUCCUCGCUGGCGACCAUCUGCAGCUCCCGCCGACGCUCAAGUCGUCCGACCGGCUCACCAAGAGCCUCUCGACCAAGAACGCCAAACCCGCCUCGUCGCCGCCGCCACCCGCAUCGCCCGACGGAAAGCUCUCGCUCUCGUCCGACCUCGAGGUCACCCUGUUCUCGCGCCUCCUCGCCAUGCACGGGCCGACCGUCCGCCGCAUGCUCAAGGUGCAGUACCGGUUCAACCGCAAGAUCUGCGCUUUCCCGAGCCGCGAGCUGUACGACGGCGAGCUCGUGCCGGACCCGAGCGUCGAGGACCGCAAGCUGAGCGACCUUGAGGGCGUCGAGGCGGACGAGGACGUCGACGAGCCCGUCAUCUUCAUCGACACUGCCGGGCAGGCCAUGUACGAGCGCGCCGCCGAGGACGGCAAGUUCGGGUCCGACUCAAAGAGCAACGAGAACGAGGCAGAGAUUGUCCGUCAGUACGUCGAGACUCUCGUCAACGCCAACGUGCCGCCGACCUCGAUCAGCAUCAUCUCGCCGUACAACGCCCAGGUCGUCCUCCUCGCGUCGCUCGUCCACCCGCAGUACCCGGACGUCGAGAUCGGCUCGGUCGACUCGAACCAGGGCCGCGAGAACGACGUCGUCAUCGUGUCGCUCGUGCGCUCGAACGAGCACGCCGAGGUCGGGUUCCUGCGCGAGCUGCGCCGGCUCAACGUGUCGAUGACGAGGCCGCGCCGGCAGCUCGUCGUCGUCGGCGACUCGGACACGGUCGCGCAGGGGAGCGCCUUCCUCAAAAAGUGGAUGGCCUGGCUCGAGGACGAGGCGCUCGUUCGCGUGCCCUAGACGGUGCUCGUGCGCGCGCUCUCUCUCUCCCUCUCUCUUGGCGUAGACGGCGAGGGCGGGCGACGGCAAGAGAGAGACGUGUCGAACGAGUUUCGGAUGGCGAGCU